ACGUCUUUUUGAAAAGUUACUCCAACUGACUUCCCAAGAUAUUGAAAUCAAGCUAGUGAGUGAUGUAACAGCUGAUUCAAAGGAGCCGAGGUGACGUACAUGAACAUGACCGCCUACAACAAGGGCCGGCUGCAGUCCUCCUUCUGGAUCGUGGACAAACAGCACGUCUAUAUCGGCAGUGCCGGCUUGGACUGGCAAUCCCUGGGACAGAUGAAAGAACUUGGUGUCAUCUUCUACAACUGCAGCUGCCUGGUCCUAGAUUUACAGAGGAUAUUUGCUUUAUAUAGCUCAUUAAAAUUCAAGAGUAGAGUCCCUCAAACCUGGUCCAAGAGACUCUAUGGAGUCUACGACAAUGAAAAGAAAUUGCAACUUCAGCUGAACGAAACCAAAUCUCAAGCAUUUGUGUCGAAUUCUCCCAAACUCUUUUGCCCUAAAAACAGAAGCUUUGACAUAGAUGCCAUCUACAGUGUGAUUGAUGAUGCCAAGCAGUAUGUGUACAUCGCUGUCAUGGACUACCUGCCUAUCUCCAGCACAAGCACCAAAAGGACUUACUGGCCAGACUUGGACGGGAAAAUAAGAGAAGCAUUAGUUUUGCGAAGUGUUAAAGUUCGACUCCUUAUAAGCUUCUGGAAGGAAACUGAUCCCCUCACAUUUAACUUUAUUUCAUCUCUCAAAGCUAUUUGCACUGAAAUAGCCAACUGCAGUUUGAAAGUUAAAUUUUUUGAUCUGGAAAGAGAGAAUGCUUGUGCCACAAAAGAACAAAAGAAUCAUGACUUUCCUAAAUUGAAUCGCAACAAGUACAUGGUGACAGAUGGAGCAGCUUACAUUGGGAACUUUGAUUGGGUGGGGAAUGAUUUUACCCAGAACGCUGGCACCGGCCUCGUUAUCAACCAGGCAGAUGUGAGGAACAACAGAAGCAUCAUUAAGCAACUGAAAGAUGUGUUUGAAAGAGACUGGUACUCACCUUACGCCAGAACCUUACAGCCAACCAAACAGCCGAACUGCUCAAGCCUGUCCAAACCCAGACCCCUCUCCGACAAAACUGCCACAGCCAAUGCAAGCGGGAAGGAGCCCCGGAGUGUAUAACGUGAGCGAACAGACUCGCGGGACAGCUCCAUAUUUCAUAUUUAUAUAUAAAGGACUUGAGGAGAGAAAACCAAUUUAAUAUGUCUUUUUUUAGGAAAAAAAAGCACACUUAUAAAAAUAUUCUCCGAACGACACAUAAUAUCUAUCUAACACUAUCUUAGCGUCCUGUACACUAAAAAGUAAGACUUUUGUAUUUGUUACUUCUGACGGAGAAUGUCAUUCUGGCUUAGAAGUUAGUUUUUACGUUUGCAUACAAAUUUUAAGACUUUGAUUCCUGUUCUUUUCUAGUUUUAGAACUUUUUCUGCUGACCCCAACUGGUCAGUUCCUGGGAAGCUUAGCAUGAGGUGAGCUCUUCGACUCCAUUCUGAGAACUGAUUUAGAGGGAAGGUAGGGGUUUUGCCUUGGAGAAGAGACUGACAAACCAAGUAUUUAUCCUUUUAAACUAUCUCCAAGCCCUAUACAGUCAUCAAAGCAUGAACAGCUUACAUCUCAUGCCCGCCCUUAACCCUCUUGAAAAAUAUCCUUUUCUCUUGUCAACUUGUUCAUUUUCUUCUAAUACCAUAGAAUUUAUUUAGUAUCAUUUUCUCUUCUCACAAAAUGUUCCUGUUAUAUAGCGUGCCUAUAUUCACCUCGACAUUAGCUCUAAGUAUGGUAACAUCUUUUGAAAAGGUAUGAAUUUCUCAAAAUGGAUACAAAAUGGAAAUAGCAGUCUUUAAUUUUCACCUUUCAACUGCAUCUUUUCCCCUGCCGAACUGGUAUUUUUAAAUCACAGUCAGCAAUAUGUAUCCUUUUCUCAAACUCAGAGAAAUUAUGUAGCCACCUGCUAAUAUCCAGCAAGCUAUUAAGUCUGCAUUUUGAGAAUAAAGUAGUUUUUCACAUUUUGGUUUAGUUUACGGUAUUAUAAAGAUCUCUAUGUGUCAGUGGAUUUUAAUUUCUUUAGAAUCAUUGUGCUGUUAAGAGUAGGCCAGCAAACGUUUAUAGAGCUGUUUAAUAUACCUUCUGCUAUUUAAUAUACCAAAUGCUUUUCAGAGAAAUGCAAUUUAAAUACUGUGCUUAACAUAUUUUACUAAGAAAAAGAAAUAUUGAAUUAUCGUUCUAUAAUGUCAUUGUGUGUUGUUUUGUAUCUAUAACAAUAUAUAAUCCUAUACUAAUGGAGACUGUCGCUACACUAGCGAGAGGCAUGGGCUCUUCAGAGCCCAGAGCAGGUGGCCAGGAUGCUGGUUCCAAUGUUGUUCCUGACUCUAUGGCUCAGAACAGAGUUCUUCACUCCUUGGCCCUGGGCUUCUCUUGGUAAUGUAGACAGUAAUCCUUACCUACCUCGUAAGAAUGUUGUCACGGUAGGAAAUAUUUAUAACUUGUUUUGAAAUCAAAAGAAUCUAUAUAAAUGCUAAGCAUUCUAAUGUAUAAUCUUUUUCUUGAAAUAAUCUUUGUGGUAUCCUGAUAGAAUCAGUACCAGGUUCCCCCCUGAGAACCCAGAAGAGAAAACAAAUCCAGUUUCUGGUUGCAAAUGCAGACGAGAAGAACACAGCAGGGAGACCCUGGUGAAGAUUGGAUGAUCAGCAUUGCAGUAGAGCAUUUUGUUGGGUCACUUUGUCAUAAAUAACAUCAACACAAAGCUAGACACUGUGCUAGGGCUCAUUCUGUAGGACCAGAAUAUACAUGUGUUUUUAAAGACAACCUCAAUUAUUCUUUUUCAUUUCUGGAGACUUGAUUUCUAAUUUGCCAGAAAAAAUGAUGGAGGGACCUGUGAAUCUUAUUCAAUGGAUGUACUUAAUGUAGAAUGGCUAUGGUUGAUCAGCUAGUGAUCACAUAACUUCCUUUCUUGUUGUUUCCAAGUACUGCCUCACUGGAUAUUUCACAAUUCCAUCAAGAGAGCGGGAAGGGAGCUGUGUUUUUAAGGAUAGUAUGUUAUGAUGGAUUGGGGGAUUCUCAGUGAAAUUCUUUAUCAAUAACAGCCAACCUAUAAGACUAAAUAUUUACUAUAUAACCAAUCCUUGUUUGAGUUGGGACUUAUCCUGCCACUUAUUUCAGUAAACAAUUAAAGAAUGAAAGAAAGAAUAGGGAUGAAGACCAACACACCUACUAAGGUCACCCCUGGACAAAUGAAAGACACCUGGGUUGGGUUUGCAGAGAACAUCUUAAAAGAGAAAAAAUGUUUGUGUCCUUGUUAGUUCUCAAGUUGUCUCCAGAAGUAUUUCUCCAUAGCCAUGGGUAGGCUUGGUGUAAUUGGGGCCUCUUCACUGUCACUGUCUUUAGCAUGUCACUGUCUUUGGCAUGUCUUUGGCACUGUCACUGUCUUUGUGGUAGGAAAAGAGAAUGUCAUCCUUUAUGGAAUGGCCAUCAUUGUCACUUCCUUCUGAGCCCCAUCAAAAUGGUAGCACCAGGAGCUGGGUCCCAGGGUUUUCUGCCAAGCACUGCUGUGCUGGACACAGAAAGUCACCUGGUCAGGGCAGCCUGGGCAGCAGUGUUGGCUCCGUGAGGCAACACUGUCCUUCUGUGGCAGCCAGGAAAAUGACCCCUGUGCAGAGAGUGUCAUAAACGAGUCCAUUCCCUAAGAGAACAUUUCAUUCUGCAGAGCUUUCUCUUUCAUUUGGACAUUUUCUGUACUUCUCUAAAGGUGGCCUUCUCUUUUAGACUUUGUGUCUAUGCUAAACAUACUACCAACUUGCAUUCUUCCAUCCCCAAAUAACCCAGGAAUUAUUUUUUUAAGAGGAAAAGAACAAAAAAUAACAACACUUUAAUUUGAUAGAUAUCCAUGCUAGAAAUUCUAGGAGGGGGAUGACUACUAGCCUCCAUGUAUUUUACCCAUAAACAUUGCAGGGAUUAUUUCCCAAGAGGCAAAAAAGGAAAACAAACACAAUUUGAGGCUAUAUUUUGGAUUUCUGUGCUGCUAACAGUAACCCCUAGUGCCUUCGUCAUUGUCAAGUGUUGGUUUUAAACAGUGAUUAUGAGAACAAUUCUGCUUCCUGUGGAGUCCAGGAUGACCUUCUGAUGGGCCCACCCAGUUGAAAACUUGCAUGCGAGCAUCAACCGUUUUUAUACAGCCUGCUCUCUUCCCCAGACACACCACUUGUCACCCCCAAAUCACAGCAGCGACGCACGCUGUCAAAUGUCAAUCCUCUUGGCCUCCACUGCGUUGUCACUGGCCACUGGUCUAUCAGAUAAUUGAAUCACAGCUUAUAAAACCUUUGGAAAGGAAGUGGAGCAUCCUGAGAUUCUAUCAAUGCUCUGUAAAUGCCACGCUUUGGGUACCUGAAAAUGGGAGAAGCAAGGCACAUUGAACAUGUCCCCAUUGACUUUAAAGAACCUGGUAAAGAGAUGCUUCACAGACUUCCAAGGUCCUGUGGGACGUAGAAUGAAAACUAGUGUCUUUAAAAAAAUCAAAGCAAACUAAGUUAAAGAAACACAGUAUCUGUGGAAGGACUUUUGCAUCUCACUGUGGGCAUCACUUUUACCAUUUGGGCUGUGUCUGUUCUUAGUCUCAUGUCUGAUUCUGCUUUUAGUGAGAUGGGUCUGAUCACAUUUUCAGUUGAUCAUACCCUUUGAAAAAUGUUUUGUUAAUGCAGUUACUGGUUUGCUAAAAGUGCCUCAAUGAACCUAGGACUGACAGAACCUCAUUUCCCAUAUUCUCAAGUGACUUUACUUCAUUCUGAGUUUUUUGUUUGUUUUUAGAAACUUUUAGUGAACUAAAUUCUGGGGUAGGGGGAAAACUAUAAGAAUUUCUUGAUAAGAUCAGAUCCAGGAUCCAUCUGUCUCAAGAAUUCUAUCCUAAAUCUGCCCCUUUUUUCCCAUAUGUAUGACCAUUGGUGUGUGUUUCUCUGUCCAAAAUUCAUUCCAUGAUUUUCAAUGUUUAAGGAAUGUAAAAAGCUGCCAUUAUUUUCAGUAAACCGUCAUCUCCAUCUCUUAUAAUGAAAGAUACUUUGUUGUUGAUUAUUCAAAUUAAGUCCCUUAUAAACAGCCCCAGAUAUUGUGAAUGAAUCUUUCAUUCUUUUUUUUUUUCCCUGUACUUCUUCCCAGUAAACUUGUGCACUUUAUUAUAAGUCUUUUAAAGGAAAGAUUACUAAAACUUCCAUUUGGCCCAAGGUAAAUUGGAUAAAUUAAUCCAUAUUCAACAUUUUCUAAUUUGGUAUGAAUUAGCAUCUUUCCUUUUCCUUCUAUAUGUCGUUUACAAAAUAACCGCUUACCAUUUUUACUUUAUUGACUUAAAUUGGUGGAAGUUUUUUAAUAGCCCUUAAGUCAUCCCCAGUUCAUAGCCUAUCUUUCCCAUUUGAGAGAAUUCCCAUAUUUGGCUGAAUUAUGAAAAUAUUGCUUUUUAUGGUGAUUAGAUAAGAAUUCUUCACAAGUUUUUUGAAAUUGUAAAAACCGAAUUUUCUUAUUUUUGACCCAUUAGCAAUCUUGUGCUUACAGAGUUCUAAGAGUUCACUGAUCACUUAUGUUUCUUUUGGGAAUUUUACAAAAAGAAAUGUGAGAUUUAAUGGGCUAUUACGCAUUUUCUUUUGGUAUGUUCAACUACUAAACUUCUAAUUCUGUUACAAAGGAUAUCUUGAAAUUUUAAUAUUCCUUUAUGUAAAUAGGAUAAACUUGUACCUGGACAUUAUCUAUAUUAUUAACUUUAAGAUCCCUAAAUAAAUUGGUGUGAUAAAGGGCUGAAUUUGGGGAAAUCAUUAAAAUUCUCAAACUUUUCCUAUAACCAAAUGCUCAAUUUUUUCAGAAGUAAAUAUCACCUGGCUUUUUCACACGGUGAGAUGAGGCAUUUCUUUUUCUCUCCAACUAGAUUUCAGAAACAAACCAGUGUCUCAUCAGUACCCAAGCUGUGCUAUGAUAAGCGACAGAGAAGGUGAACGCCACUGGCCCAAUGGGCUACAGACCCACUGCUUUGUAUAGUCACACAAGGAGGCAUCUUUGAAGAACUAUUCCUAUCUCUCUAUUAAAAAUAUUUCUUUCCAGUAUAUGCUGAUUUUGAGUAAAUAAGUGGCCAUAUUUUAGUGAAACAAGAAAUAAUUGUAGAGACCCCACUCUACACCCUGGCCCGGUGACAAAAAAGGUGUUUGUGGAGACCAGGUCAGCUGCCUCUAGUACUUACCCAGUGUGCUUAAUAAAUUCUAUAGCUAAAUCCAUUAUCAAAUACAGGUGGUCUCUUCUCCACAAACCCAUGUUGAAUCUCAGGUUUAGAGCAUUCCUUAAACAGCCGUCUAAAGCAACUCUUCCAAAUGCACGAAUUUCCUUCCUGUGUGGCCACUCGGAAGUUGAUGACCGGCUCAAGCUAAACAAGCUGGAGUGUUUAGUACAGCGCCUGUUACAAGACCCACACAGGAUAAAAUUUGGUUGAUUCACCAAAGUAAUGUGGAUUCGAGGCAAAGUCUUGUCUCUCAGAGAAUAUGCAAGCAUGUGCGUAAGAUGGGCACCUCUUUAUGAAGAAGAAAUCUUUGAGGAGGCAUACACUUUUUAAAGUUGUCAUUGGAGAGUUUAGCAAAAGCUUAGUAAAGCUGACUUUCUGAAUCUGCAAUAGUCAAUAAUAAUUUGAUUUGAUCGGCAGUUUUGAAUCCUACAAUUUUAUGUUUAGUUGUUUUUUAAUUGGGCUAAGGAGUUUGAUGAGCGACAAUCAUGCAAAGAACCAAUUAAAUCAUAGCAAGGGUGAAGAUUAUUUGUGAUUUAUUUUUAUCUUGUAUGAGAGAAAAAUUAGUAAGGGGACAAGUUCUCCUUUUGCAAAAUGAAUAGUCAGUUCUCAAACCCAUUCUGUUUGGCCUCAGACAUUUCAAAAAAUUAUUAAUUCUUUUACAGACUCUACUGUUUCCCAUAGGUGGAAAAUUCUGAAAAAAGAGUUGAGACAUUUUGAGCUCCUUGGAAGACACAAACACAGACAAACCUGAUUUCUAAUUUGGAGUGUUCCCCAUAAAUGCACAGCCAUCUUGGAAAUAUGACCUCAAUUUCCAGCAUUAAAAAUGUUGAAAUUAUAUGUGACUUUUCUAUAUAAGUGGGUGAUAAGAAUCAUCAUUAAUCAUUAAUCUUCACUGAAGAAAAGACAACUCUGAAAAUAUGGUCUAAACAACAUUCAUGUGAAUGAGAGCUUAAUCUACAAUUUCGCUAUAUUUACUUAAAAGUGGAGAUUGGCUGCUUCUUUAGACAGUGCAUGUUAUGAAAGGCAACUUUCCAAAAAAAAGGUGAUAAGAAGAAGGCGGCACCAUAGUUUCAUGGAGGUUAUGAUACCGAUAGAGCACUUUGAAACCAUCCAUGGGAAAGUGUCACUGAGCAAACAAAGCUGUCUUAUCUCCAUGGAUAAAGCUACAUGUUGUUAUCCAUAUUUCAUGGGUGGGUCUCUAGCCUUCCUGGUGUCCUGGAGAGAUCACACCCAUAGCUGCAGCAGGAGCAAAACCAUGUUUUCUGUCAUGUGAGUUCUCUACACCUGACACAGCUGAUUUUAUAAAGGUUUAGUACCUGACCCAAAGAAACUCAUUUACAGGCCAGGAGGUGGCCUUAGGGAAGAUGGUGUACCCAGCAGGGGUGUUCCUGUUUGCUGGUACCUGGUCCAGCCAGCUGGAGCCCUCCUUUAGGGAGUCUGAAUAUAAGACUUAGAAAGUAGAUGAGUAGCCGUGAGAGCAGGCGAAAUAGA